AUGAACAACCAGAUAGCCGAACUCCGAAGCCUAGCGGAUGAGUUGAUCAGAGCUUCCGAAGCCACUCCCCCGACCUCCGAUGUCCUCCACAACCAAAGCAACGCGCUCCGCCGCAUGCGCCAGUUGCUGAUAGAGUCGAACGAUCAAACCCAUACCAAAGACGCAUUUAGACAUGUCCGGGGCUUCGAGACACUUCUCAUUACCCUGCGCUCGCUCUCUGGCUUCUACAAACCUGCCGAGCUGUCUACACCCGACCGUAUCGACUUCUUCGAGGUGAUCAAAGGAACACUGGAUGUCCUCUCAGACGCGCUGAACGAGCAUGCCGGUAACAGGCGCUUCUUUGCAAAACGCGUCGAGCACGGCGGCUGGAGUGCUCUGGAACAAGCCUUGGGCAGCACAGGAAUAUUCGGCGGACAGUCAGACAGCAAGCGCGACGAUGCUGGGCAGGAACAGCUCUUCGGCACCCUGUUUGCGUUUGCACUAGGCGAGGAGGCCAUGACACGCAUAUUCAGAGAUAUCGAUAAGAAGCUCGAGAACACACCAUCGAAGCAGGGGGGAGAUGCAGCUGCCAACGGCGACGCACAGGCUACCGAAAUUGUAGUCUCUAGCCCACGGUCCAUGUAUAGCGACACCGACAUAGAUCUCGACCCCCUACGUAGCCAGGUACGGGCUGUAUUCAGCGGUAAUGAGAUACUACAGAACCCGGACAUCAUUCCGACCAUCGUCCACUUUUGGCGGGGUCUGUCUGGUGAAGAUGUUCCAGGCACGCGUUCCAAGGCUCUCUCCGUCUCGGUGCUGCUUGCUAUUCUUAAGAUCACGUCCAUCUCAUCUUACAACAAAGCUGCGCUACACGUCACUGGCGUCUUGAGCACCGUCUUGCCCUUGCUGUUCGAAAACAAGUGCGCUCCCGUAGAAGCUGGUCUACUAUUAGAAUUGGCCGACGGUCUAAUACAGUACGGUAUAAACAAGCUCGACGAUGCAUACUACCUCUUCCGCAAAGCAGCCUCUUCAGAAUCGGCUGCCGAGUUUCUCCUACGCGGUAUGUGCUCAUCUCGCGACCCGCCUUUCAUACAAUUCGAUCUCUCUUUGCAUGGCUUCAGCGCGAUAGAACUUCCGGAUAUUGGUCGUCCAUUCCCGCCAAUGUCUCCAGGAGGGGGAUACACAUUCGCUGCUUGGGUACGAGUCGAUAGAUUUGACACCGACUGUCACACCACACUCUUUGGCGCCUACGAUGACACACAGACAUGUUUUCUUAUGGCAUAUCUGGAAAGAGAUACCCGAUGUUUCAUCCUGCAGACCUAUAUGGGUCAUUCCACUGGAGUUGUACCCAGUGUCCGGUUCAAGAAAGCUCCUCGUUUCGAAGCGGGCCGGUGGUACCACAUCGCUGUUGUCCAUAGAAGAGCGAAGGGUAUCGGUAUGGGCACUGCCAAGGCAUCACUUUUCGUAGAUGGUGAGUUCACCGAGACUAUGAAGGCGCACUAUCCUUCACAUCCUCCGGUACUAGAUAGCAGCCAGGAAAGCUUUGCCUCCAUGUCUUCUAGUGUGUCGAAGCACCACAUACUCGCAUUCCUGGGCACGCCACGGAACUUGGCACCUCGACUGGGCAGGAACGUCAUUUCUUCUAAGCUCUCAGUUGCUUCGUUUCAUCUCUUCUCUGAACCCCUAUCAGAUGAGCUAAUCGCCGUCUAUCAUAAGCUUGGUCCUCGUUAUUGUGGAAAUUUCCAAGAUAGACUUGGGUCAUUCCAGACCUACCGCACGUCUGCUGAGCUCCAUGUUCACAACGAGAUAUUGCAUUUUGGGCGAGAAGAACGAUCCGAUAUCGUAGCGGCUAUCCGGGCGAAUGCAAGACAUCUCAUGCCAGAAUCCAAGAUUCUACUGAGCUUCUCCCCUAGUUCUGUAAUGGACGAUGAUGACAGAAAUGCCAUCGAUGAAUCCCAGCUAAUCCGAUCCCUGUCGCGAGAAUCAGCUAAAACCCUUCACAAAUAUACCAGACUGCAUAGCACUCCGAUCAUCAUCAAUGCUGCCGUACCUUCGGUAAAUGAUGCAUUGUCCCAGCCACGAGGAUUUGGACGACUAUCUGGUGACCCUAUCGUUGUCGUCCCGCAAUCACUCGAUGAUGCGAUUUGGCGAAUCGGUGGGUGUGUUGCCGUUGGCCUGAAGUUGGUACAGUCAGCCCAGACUUUGGACAGUAUGCUCCGUUCUGUCAACAUCUUGCUCGAAGCUGUUGGGGGAAAUUGGCGCAAUUGCGAGGCUAUGGAGCAGCGUAAUGGAUUCGCUGUUCUGGCUGAGGUACUCCGCCAGAAGAUCGGAUUCGCCAUGGGGGGAUUGGUCGGUCGCAACCCUGCCUCGCUAGAUGUGACACCAGAAGACUGCGAAAGCUUUGUUAUGCAGCUAUUACGGAUAGUUCUCCGAUUCGUCGGUUAUGAUGAAAAUGAGCCGACAGAGUCACUCAUCAUCAACCCCCUUGCCUAUCGGGUGCUUUUGGUUGAUCUUGAGAUAUGGCGUAGAGCUACGUCAUUGGAAACUCAGAAACUGUAUUACCUGCAAUUUGUGCACUUUGCUAAGGGCAGUAAGCAUCAUCACUACAACGCUAAGCGAUUUCAUAGGAUACGAGUCGUCAAGCGUCUUACGGAUGCUCUCAAAGGGGAGAAUUUUACACCACAAACAUUCGAACUAUUCCUCGGCGCGUUCAAAGCACUGCUCGUCAUCAACUUCAACGGAGAGAAUGCGAGAUCGCUGUCCCUUUUUGUUACUUAUGCACUUCAUGACAGUCGCGCAUCCUACGCGAAACGGGGACUGCGGCCAAAAGCAAGUAUCGCCCGCCUUCGCAAGGGUACACCACCAGCAUUGACACCCGAGACUACUCCACGUUCAAAUAGUCCGGCACAAAGUGGUGCCAAUACUCCACCACUGUCUCUACCGGACCUGGGCGUCGCCGUCCUGAACCUUCUGGCAGAACUCCUCUGCGAUCCUCAAAACCCGCAUGAAAUCGUCCGUUUCGCAAAGAACGUCACCGGGAAGUGGUUGCUCUACCUUCUCGCUGAACCGGAGCAGCGAGUCGUUGUUCUUGGUGCAAAAAUUCUAGCUCGAUUACUUGUAGUGAACGGUUCGCAUUAUGUCAAGAAGCUUGCGGACAAGACGGGAGGUUUCGUUCUGAUGAAGAAUAGAUUGCGCUAUUGGUGGAAUACGCCAGGCAUCUGGACCAUCUGUUUCGCCAUACUCUUCGGUCGCGAUGUGGCGAGUAUCGACUUCGAGCGCGAUUUUGACGUCUUCAAUCUAGUUGACAUCUUCAUUGCGCAUUCGCCGCAGUCGCAGCUCAGGAUCUGGUACCCGGAAGUGUUCCCGGUAAUCACCGCCAUGCUGGAAACAGGCCUGCGAACAAUUGUCCGGGACCGAGACCUCACUCGCGCCGAUGAUGGCCCACCUAAGCAGGAGAAUGGUGAAGGCGCGGUUACCCGGGGCCGCCGCAGAACGAUGUCACUGAACGCUAAGCAACCGAAAAUUGAUACCCGAGCUCCCCAGACAGAUCGCCUGAACGACUUCGCCGUCGUUUUGAACUCCGCUAUCCAGUUCUUGUCUGAGCUACAUUCACGAUCGGAAGGUUUCCGCGACUAUACUAAUUCGUCGAAUUACGUUCAAGAGUUGCUCUUUGUCCUCUAUCCAGUAAUUGUCACAUCUGACAGCGUGAGCGCGGAGACGGAGCUACUCUCGAGAGGGUCUGCGCUGACAUUCGAGGGCCAAGAUGUCGUAAUCCGACCGCUUUCUCGAGCUAAUGGGCAUGAAACGCCUGUGGUUCGCACGACUAACGUUGAUGUGUCGCCUUCGCCUUCGUCCCGGCGUGUGCUACCUUUCCGCAGAGCGUCAUCUUUCGUCCUCGUUUCGGCGGAUAAGAAGAAGGCCGCUCAACAACCUUCUCUCAACCCAAUCUUAUCUCCAAAGUACACCGCUCCCUUGGCUCUCAAGGUUGGUAGCUCAGUAGUGGAGGCCACGUUAGAGGUGGUUCUUGAUGUGUUCAAGGACCAAAUAUUCACGCGGAAAGAAUUCCCUGGACUAGGGUUGUUUAUGAAAACACCACCCGGUUUCCAGGAGCAUCAAGCAUAUUUCGAGUCAUACAUUCUGCGGCAGACGCUUUCGUCUGUAAAGAAUGCGCUUCAGUUUGACCAGCAGCUGUUGCACGAACCACGCGUUCUUACCAACUUGGCACGCUUCGUGACCCAUGUUUCUGAAGCAGUCUUUGAGGGAUGGUUCCUUGAGGGUGCAGAGCCUUUGCUCGACUUUUCUGGGUUUCUCCUGGAAUAUUUGGAACGACCGGACAUUGCGACCAUCAAAUCCGUCAGACUUUGCACGCAGGCCAUUCAAUCAAUUCGCAACACGUUCCUGAGAGUCGCUCUGCUCCGUUUGGCGGAGUCAGAUGAGUCUGAAAGCGGAGUGACUACAACGGCUGUUAUCGAGAAGAUGAUGUAUUGGCAGCCCAUCAUCCUUUCAUCUGUCAAUAACGAAACGUUCUCGUUGAAGAUGAUCUGUUACCUUCUCUACACGCAGUUGUCGUCUGAACACAACGCUGUGCGCCUUGCGGCCGCCAACUUCUGGCGAUCGCUCAUGGUGCAAAAGCCUCAUGAAACAUCAAUGAUCUUGGCCGACGCCAUCCACGGAGACACAAAAGACCUUUAUGAUGGGUUCCAGAAACUCGUCGAGCUCGACAAUGAUACAUUCUUGGAGUGGCUCGAUAAGAACAAGACAGACAUGGACAAGUUCUUCUAUGGCUCGAUGACCAAGUCGUGGGAGGACUUUGCGCACAGUCAGAACAAAAAGACCGAAGAGACAUCUCAGAGGCGCAUAGCGAAGCGCAAGGAGAAGCUGAAGCAAUGGCAAUCAGACGAGCUCGCUGCGGACAACGUCUGGAAUCAUCACGAGAACUCGACGAACCAUUGGAGAUCCAACAUUCACGCUUCGGAACGUAUCAAGCAUCAGCGCGUUCUCCAGGACCAGCAAGAUAAUGCUACCUACAUGGCGACUGUGUUGGCCAAGCUCGAUCACCAGCUAAAGGGUCCAUGCGGCUUAUUCGAAGAGAGUCCGCCUGCCAGAUGGCGGCUCGAUGAGACCGAGGGUCGUGACCGAAAGCGUUUACGUAUCAUUGUCGACAACACCAGCAGGGAGCAGUCUUAUCAACCCAAACGUAAGGACACAGAUCCGCGAGAGAGGCCAAGACUAGACACUGCUGUGCCAGCGAUCUCGGCGAAAGAAGCUGUUGGUGUCACGCCUGUCAAAGGGCGGUCAGCCAGGUCUUCCUCUGCUACAAGCGCAUUGGGUGAUCCAACAGAAGAGCCGGAGUCAGCUAGCGACGAUGACUUUGAGAUGGUCGAAGCGAUGUACGAGGAUGAGGACGGCUUUGAAGACAAGAACCGCAAAGUCAUGCGAAGUCUCAAUCGCGGCGACCAGGUGCAGUAUGUCUGCAACAUCUCUCGAGUAGUCGGUUUGGAGGCGAUAGAAGGCCUUCUCAUCGUAGGUAAAGACUGUCUCUACCUGCUAGAUGACUUCUUUCAAAGGUCUGACGGCGAGAUCGUGCGCGUAUGGCAGGCGCCACCGGAUGAGCGCGACCCGUACGUGCAAGUCAUUGCUGGAAAAGAGGCUGUCACCACUCGCCGACCACCACCCAGAAGCCAAGAAGAUGCAGUGAGGAAUUGGAAAUGGACCGAGGUCAUCAGCGUUUCGAAACGGCGCUUCCUCCAUCGUGAUGUUGGCAUCGAAAUCUUCUUUGAUGAUGGGCGUAGCUAUCUUCUAACAGCCGUUUCUGCGCAAGCUCGCAAUGACAUACAUUCUCGGGUGCUUCAACGAGCUUCUCACGUUGCAAAUCCGGAGAAGUUCGCCAAUUCCGAGAUCUCUUGGCGCCUUGACUCGUUGCGCAACCCAGAAGAGGCACCCCAGACUUUUGGAUCACGUUUCGCAUCAGCUUUCGGUUCUGCUUCGGCUCAUCCAGCGACUAAGAAGUGGCUGAAAGGGGAGAUGUCCAACUUCCAUUACCUUAUGUUUGUCAAUACGCUGGCUGGGAGGACUUUCAACGAUCUCACACAAUAUCCGGUCUUCCCCUGGGUCUUAUCAAAUUACCAUAGUGAAGAGUUGGAUCUGAGUGAUCCAAGUAACUUUCGAGAUCUCAGGAAACCUAUUGGUAUCCAAGACCCUAAGCAAGAGCAUCUGAUCAGGGAGAGGUUCAGCUCUUUCGCCGAGAUGGGCGACGCUAAUCAUGCCUUCCACUACGGCACCCACUAUUCGUCUGCCAUGACUGUAGCAUCGUAUCUCAUGCGCCUCCAACCGUUCAGCGCUGCCUUCUUCCUUAUCCAGGGCGGUACAUGGGAUCAUGCUGAUCGUAUGUUCUACUCGAUUCAGAAUGUUUGGGAGUCAGUAUCCGCAAAGAACAUGGCCGAUGUACGCGAGCUUACGCCAGAGUUCUACUUUCUUCCCGACUUCUUGACCAAUGUCAAUGGGUAUAAUUUCGGUCUGCGAUCCGAUGGCUCAACUAUCGAUAACGUUAAGUUACCUCCGUGGGCUAAGGGCGACCCAGCCAUCUUCAUCGCCAAACAACGCGAGGCUCUGGAGAGCCCUUAUGUCAGCCAAAACUUACAUCACUGGAUUGAUCUAAUCUUCGGUUACAAGCAGCGAGGCGAGGCCGCAAUUGAGGCCGCAAACGUUUUCCACUACAUGACAUACCAGGGUGCUAUUGAUCUCGAUACCAUCGUUGAUGAAAAGGAGCGUGCGCAGAAGAUUAGUGUUAUCAACAACUUCGGACAGACGCCUCCACAAGUAUUCCAGCGACCGCAUCCGCAGAGGGAGAAUUUCACAAGACCCAUCAAGCUCGAUACCUCUGCGGAGAGCCUGCAUCGCGUGCCAGGCACACUACUCGAGUCUAACGAUCGCAUCUCUUCCCUCAACUACAUCAGCAAAAGCGAUAAGCUUUUAUGCUCUGCACCAUUCCGGCACAACAUCCCUCCGCAUCACGAUCGCUAUAUGGAGUGGGGCUUCACGGACGGCAGCGUCCGCUUCUACGAUUCGCACUCCAAAAAGCUCAUCGGGUUGUUUGAGCACUUGCAUUCCGGACAGCUAACAACGUCAUUGUUUGUUGACGGCAGCACCCUCAUCACAGCCGGAACAGACUGCACCCUUGCCAUUUGGAACAUGAACAAAGGCGACCGUGGCCACAUCGACCUCCAAAACGCGACAACGCUUUUCGGUCACAAGUCAUCCGUCAUCACCCUUGCCGCAAGCCGCGCGUUCUCCGCCUUUCUAUCUGCAUCGCUCGACGGCCGAGUCUUCCUCUGGGACCUUAACCGCAACGAAUUCGUCCGCGAGUUGGAUCUCGGCCCACGACAGAAGCGCAACCCGGUACCCAUUCAAGCAGCCAGGAUCAACAGCGUCACAGGCCACAUUGUGCUCGCUUGCGGCAGUCGACUUAUCAUCACUACACUCAACGGCGCAGUACUACUAGACGAGGAUGUCUGCGACAGCGAAGACGACGCAGAUGGCAUCACAGCCGUCGCCGUCUAUGAGGGCGUGGGCAACGAAUGGUGUGAGCGCGAACUCAUCUUCACCGGGCAUAGGAGGGGUGUCGUCAAGAUCUUCCACCUUACGCCUACACCGCCAACGACAGCGUCGUACACCACUUCGUCGUCCUCCACAACAUCGAGAACGACAUCCAGCAAGUGGUCCGUGAAUCUUGUUAAUGUGCUUAAUCAUGGUGAUGCCAUGGUGACGACGACGCCGGCGGCGAGUAUUACUUGUAUAUUGCCGAUGCCUCAUCAUGUUUAUACUGGGGAUGAGGAGGGUAGAGUGUACGAAUGGGAUUGCGUGCACCGGCACCAUUGA